UUCCAAGUAUAAAAGUGUAAUUUGUUAUUUUAACGGGUUAAAAAGUAGCCGGUGGGGGGAGGGAAGGGAACGGAUGAAGUAAAUUGUAUCCAAGCCACACAAACACACACACAUACACAAAUAAGAUGGAAUGGUUACUAUGCUUAAAAUAUAUAAUUUUUUAUAAAAUAAUUUUAUUAAAUAUAUUACAAUUUAUAACUAAUUAUUAUUGGAAUGAAAAAUCCAUGAAUAAAUUAAUAAAACCUCAACGUCAAUGUAUAUUUCCAUCUGUAUAUAAACGUAAAGCAAUUUAUGAAUGUCAACAUAUUGAUAUAAAUGGACCAAAUGAUGAACAAUUUAAUUUAAUAACAAAUAACCAUAUUUAUACAUCUAAAUGGUGGUGUCCAUUAACUGAUAAUUAUGAUCAUUAUCCAGAAUGGCAAUUAUGUCCAGAGACAACAACAACUUAUGGUGGUAAUCAACCAGGUAAACAAUGUUAUUUUCCAUUUAUUUAUCAUAAACGUUUAUAUACAACAUGUAUUAGAUAUGAUGGUAAUUUAAUAUAUCAACAUGAAUAUGAUAGAAUACCAAUAGAUAAUGGUAAAAGUGGUUAUUGGUGGUGUUCAACCACAUCAAAUUUUGAUCAUGAUGGUUUAUGGACAAAAUGUCGUCCACAAUUAUCAUAUCAAUUACCAUGUUAUUUUAAAAAAUUAAAAAAUUAUUAUGAUCAUUAUAAUAUAGGAGGUUUUAUACAAUCAAGUGAUUAUGAAUGUCAACCAUAUUUAGGACAUUGGAUAUGUUAUACAGAAUUAAAACAAUUACGUGAAUGUCCUAAAUCAAUACAAUUAUUACAUAAUAUUAAAACAGAAGGUGGAAAUGAUCCUGGUUUUCCAUGUUAUUUCCCAUUUCAAGCUACUUUAUCAUUACAUCAUCAUCAUCAUAAUGAACUAAAUAGACCACAAAAUUUCACACAUUGUUUACCUGGUAUUAAUAAUAAUCAAUUAGAUCAUAAUUUAUCUAUUUAUCCAACAUGGAUUGGUUAUUGGUGUUCAACAACAGAAAAUUUUGAUCGUGAUCAAUUAUGGACACGUUGUCAUUUAAAUAUAAAACAAAAAAAUAUUAUUACAUCAUAUAAAUUAUCAGAAAUUUGGUCAGAAUUAAAUUGGUUAACAUUAUUAACUUAUGAAGAAAAAUCAAUUAUUUCUAUUAAAAAUUUAACAAAUUCAUUAAAUUUUCAACAAUCAUUAAAUUCUAUAGAAUUAUUACGUGGUAAAUGGGAAUUAUUUACUAAAACUAAUUAUGAUCCAGAUCAUAUAGAUGAUGAUCUUAAUCAUAAUCAUAAUCAAUAUAAUGAUCAUUAUUAUAUUGAAUUAACAUGGUGGUUAUGGUUAGCACCAUUUUGGUGGAUAACAUAUCAAAAUAAUCAAUCAUUCAAUUUAACAAAUCAUACACAAAUGAUAAAUAUACAUAAUAAUCAAUUAACUAUCAAUAAUAAUAAUAAUGAUAAUAAUAAUAAUCCAUUAAUAAAUGGAUUAAAUUUACCAUCCUGGUUAAAUGAAUGGAGUGAAUCAGGAUGGUAUUAUUAUAAUAUUAAUAUGAAAACGAAAUGGAAUCAUUUAUUAUUAUAUUUAUAUUAUAAAUGGUUAAAAUCAUGGUUAUUCAUAUUAUUUAUUGGUUUUUUAUUUGGUAUAUUAUUAAUUAGUUUUAUAUUAUUAUUGAUCUUUUAUUCAUUAAAAAAAUCAAUACGUUUACAAAUUAUUGAUUGUUUAUUUCAAACAAAAUAUCAAUCAAUUAUUAAUCAUCAAUCAAUAAUACAUCAGAAAUCAUUAGAAUUAUCUACAACUAAUAUAUUAUUGAAACAAAAUUAUUUAUUGAAUAAUAAUCAAUUAAAAAAUCGAUUUGAUUAUAAUUUUAAAGAGAUACAAAUUAGAUCAAUCGAUAAUCAGAAUAAUGAUCAUGAUCAUGAUCAUUUAGAUUGUAAUCGAUUAUUGACAUUACAUUCUAUUCAUGAUCAUCAUGAAAAUGUUGAACAGAAUUUAUUGAAUAAAUCAAUAAAUGAUAAAGUAGAUUCAUGUUGUUGUCGUUGUUGUUGUGAUUAUUUAUGGAAUAAUAAUAAUAAUGAGAAUACAAAUACUAAUACUACUACUACUGAUAUAUAUAAUGUAAGUAGUAUAAAUAAUAAUAAUAAUCAUAAUCUUAAAGAAUAUAUUAAAUGUUUAUUAGAUGAACUGAUUAUUCAACAUUCCAAUAAUGAAAUUGAUGAUAAUGAUGAUGAACAUUAUUAUAAACAACUUCGUCAUUUCUCUAAUCUUCUUGAUAUAUAUUUAAAUAAAGAUGAGAAAUAUAUAAAUGAUGAGAAUCAUGAAGAUUAUGUAACAUGUUAUUUACAUAAUAAUACAAAUGAAAUAUAUCAUAAUAAACAAUUAUGUCAGUGUUGUUGUCGUCAUCGUCAUGAUCAUCAUCAUGAUGAUCAUGAUCAUCAUCAUUGUUGUUGUCGUCGUCGUUGUCGUCGUCUCCAUCAUCUCCGUCAUCAUCUUUGUCUACGUGAAUGUUAUUCAUUAAAUCAUCAAUCAUUACAACAUACUUUCCAAUAUAAUAAUCAUAAUAUGAAUUAUUUAGAUAAUCAUCAACAAAAUGAAAUGAAAGUAAAUAAUGAUCCAUUUAUUAUUGAACCAACAGCACCACCACCAAGUUAUGAUCAAAUUGUACCAAUAUUGUAAGUAGAUUUUUGUUUGUUUUUCUUUUCAUGUUUCUAACGAACUAUUCAUCUAUCUGUUUGUUUGUUUAUUUAUUUAAUGUUUCUAUGAUUGAAUAAUUUAUUUGAGGAUGAUCUAUGAGUGAAUUUAAGGAAGCUGCAACAAAUCUCAGAAAGACUUGAAGAUAUUCCAUUCAAUCAAUUUAUGGAACAAUAUUCCAGAAUCUUUAUAACAUGUCGAUUCCCUAUUGAACACAAAUGCUAAUGAUUCCUUGUAUGCGGAUUAGAUGAAGACGACGACGAUGAUGAUGAUGAUUUUGUUUUUACGAUUAGAAAAAGUACUAUAAAUACUCAACAAUUUUGUAACAUAAUUGAUCCUGUUUUGAAAUAAUGAUCCUUCUCAAUUGUUCUCUAUCUAUGAGAAUGAAUUCUAACUAUUCGAAUGGAUCAAAUUAUAUUCAAUAUUAGCAAGAAAUACAAUGUCUUAGACAUAACAAUUUGUUUACUUGAAUAAACAAUCAAUCAAUCAAUCAAUUAACCAACCAAAUAAACAAACAAACAGGUAUAUUUCAAUUAUUCACAAUGUAUAGCAUUUCUUUAUUUCUUUCUUUCUUUCUGGUUUUUUCUUUCUUUUUUUGUUUUUAUCUUGAUUGUUCAUUAUCUUAACUUUUCUUUUUUGUUUACAUGAAUUGACAAUUAAAAGACAAAACAAAACAAAACAAAACACAAUGAGAAUUGAUUCAUUGAAGAUGAAGAAGAUCACUAUAGGAUAGUGUUUGCCUUUUAUUGAUUUUUAUGUAUUUAGGUUAAGAGUACAUUUGUUUUUAAAGUAUUUUGUUCUUUGUGAAUAAUAAUAAUAAUAAAUAUGUAUAUAAUUAUGUGUUAACAUUUUGAUAUUGAGCUGAGUUGCUAGUUGUGGCAGCCUAGUGCAGAGGGGUAGCGUCAAAUGGAGUGUUCUUGCGGGAUGGCGUUGGUU